AUGUCCAGACGACAGUUUCUACGGGAUAUGCGGCGCGACACUCGGAUGCGGAGUACUGAGUGCUACCGAAGUGACAACAGUAGUGCAUCUACUCAAAACACUUCAUUCACCUCUCAGGAUCCAGGUUAUAUCUUGGAGAAGCCCUAUCAGACAUCUGAGGGAUUUACGGAUCCCACAGAUAUAUUUAGUGGCGCAUAUAAUUCCGAAAGAGUAAUGACACACGAUCCUGGCAGUACGUUAACAAGUUUGCAAUGUACAUUAGCAGACACCAGAUGUGAUGACCUUUCAUUGAGGUUACCUUCGACUGACAUCGACGAUCCUCAUGGUACUAGACGAACUUCUCGGCGAGAGGAAGAGGAUUUGGCUAAGGAACACCUUUCCCAAAACGCAGGCUCUCAUGCCAAAAAUUCUCCUACAGAGUCUCUUCGCCCCGUUUUUGUCCCACGCUGUGAGGAGGGCAUGCGCCAAGGCGAAUCUUGCUUGGACUCCCCCCUCAGUAGGGCUGAGGUGGGUCCCGGUCCAGCUGUCCCUAGGGUGCUUCAGGAGCGGCUCGCAGACUCAGGUCUUGAACAGAAAAUUAUAGAUGUCAAGUCGGGUGAUGGAGUAAGCCUCAAGGUUGCUACAAAUAUAAGCACAGAGUCAUUCAACAAGGCCUUUUCAGCUGCUAUUCGACCUACACUUGACCAAGCUUGUGGGAUUGCUUCUUUACAAGCAGAAUCUUAUCCAAAUCUGAGGGACUUCACUCCGAGUUCUUUCUCUGACCCCAACUUGUCUAUUCAAGGAAAAUAUAAACACCCUUGGAAUGAUGAGAAUAAAAAAGUUGGAUCGCCCAUUGAGUCUAGUGGAAACCCUUUGAGUUUAUUUCCAUCAAGCAGUAGGCUUGUGGAGACUUCUCAAGAUACGUUAGUGAAUCCAUCCGAGGCGAACAGCGGAUGCAAGAAUCAGUGCAGCAAUGCAAGCCGCAUCGAGGCUUCACUUCUGUCAAUACAGGUAGAGUUGGCGAAUGAAAAAAAGCGUAACAUUGAAGCCGAGCGAUUGAUAUCUUCUUUAAAACAUGAAAUAGAGGCCCUUCGAGCUGAAAAUUCGGUGCUAUCAGUUGCUGUUGCCUCUGCGACUAGUGCCGGUGGUGGCCUUAGGCAAGGCGCAGCCACCGACACUGCCGCCAGUGGCAGGACCCCGAGAACCUACAUCAUGGAACUUGAGCAACGUAUUUCAAAGAUCACAGCGGUACUCGAGACUAAGAAGAGCGAAAUAGAAGCUAAGGACGAGAGAAUUCGCCUACUGGAGCAUACUUUAGCAAACCGUCUUCUUUCAACUGUUGUAACGCCAGCAGCGCCCCAUAUGAAUGUGACGCCUCCUCAACAGAGUAUCGCGCACACAGCCACUCGUGGAGAGGUGCGUGCCGCAAACAUUCCGGACAUCCUCAGUCGCAUACAGCCACCUGGAUCUGCUGCGGUCGUCUUACAUGCAAAGGCUUCAUCCCUUCAGGAUUGCAAUUCUUUCACUGGGGAGUCCAAGCACCUCAAUAAACCAUACAACAUUUUGGUGUCAGACCGUGCUGGGAUUGAGCAGCUGGCCAGUGUGCCUCGGCUUCCUGCUCCGACCCUAAAUCUAGCGAGCAAGACUUCUGAAAAAAUAACACACCCUACCAUAGACGUCACACGACAUGCUUCAAAAACGACACCCCAGUCCAUGGAGGGGGUUGAACUUGCUAGCUCGAGGAACAAAGCAGUGGAUAGGAGUCACAUUGAUUCUAAUAAAAAUAAAAGCGAUGCCAGUAUUGUGAAUCACCAUUUGGUAUCACCGCCACCUCCGCACGCAACUGUGCUUUCUAAACGGAGUGAGAGCGUAGGCAAGGUCGAAGCUUCAUCGGUGCGGGGCCAGGAAGAUGCUCAGUUGCGAUCUUCUUCAAAGCAAGUACGACACCCCUCCGUAGAUCUAAGCAAAUGGCGUAGCCGCAAUUCCGAUUGUGAUUCUGCCCGUGCCUCACCACGCAAACCAUCUGUGCGUCGGACCCCUAGAAGAGUAUCUACUAAUAGAACAGAUAUCUUGCUAGGCUCAAGCACGACAACAGACUCUGUACAUCGAUCCCUUGCCUCAGGCCCACGCUCAUCCACGGCAACACGCAGUUCCUUUUCUCAUCCUUAUGGAAUGAGUAUGGCUGCUGCUCCACCUUUGACUGCAUCCACCACGAAGGCAGCGAUUGAGCACCCCCUUGCUGGUGUUUCUCGUCAAUCUUCAAAGCCACUGUGCUCCAUGAUGCGGGCUUGGGGUCGCCGUGGUGGAAAAUCACCGUCUCCGCGAGGCUCGCCAAGUCUUCGAUCGGCUACCUCGGUGAACUCACGUCCGCGGAUUCUAUUUAAUGAGAAGGACGAGACAACUGUGAUGCAAGGGAAGACAACAACUGCCGUCUUUCGCAGCAGUCGCACACGGCAGCCCACCCCGCUUAACAACGGUGUUGAUAAACCACGGGAGCCCCUGGUCGCGGUAGGAGAUAGAGUGUCACUGAUUCCGCAUGCCGAACCGAAGGAGGUUGAGAAAGGAGACCUAAUGAACAAGUAG